AUGGGGUCCUCUUCAGUGUCAACCCACACAGGACUUGUCCACUGGCUAGGGCUCCUGCUGGUUGUCUCACUCUUGAACAUCUGGAUCCAGCCCACCACAUCCCAAGUUACAGUUUAUUCAAAGACUGCUCUUGAAGGGACAAAUGUGCUUCUAUAUAUCCGCCAUACGGCUACCAAUGUAGCAGGCUUCCUGUGGUAUAAAGGAGAAGACACUGACAGCAAUAAUAAUAUUGCAUAUCUUUUAAUAAACACAGGAAUUCAUAUAAGAGGUCCUCCAGGUGGACCAGCCAGAGUAGAGGAUGAUGGAUCCUUGUUGUUAAAGAAUGUCACCAGGAAAGACUCAGGAAUCUACACUGUACUGGUCCAACUACAAGGCUGCCAAAAAUUGAUAGCAUGUGGAAGGCUAAAUGUAUACCCCAUUAUGAGAGUGCCCACCCUCCUAGCCAGCAACACCAAAGUCACAGAGAAUAAGGAUGCUGUGGUCAUGACCUGCAACACAAACCAGAAUGCCAUCGAGUGGUUUUUCAAAGGCAAAAGUCUGACUCUUACGGAGAGAAUGAAGCUGUCAUGUGACCACAGAAACCUCACCAUAUACCCUGUCCUGAGGGAGGAUGCUGGUGAUUACCAGUGUAAAGGCUUCAACCCCAUGAGUUCUGCUAAAAGUGCACCCCUUGUUGUGGAUGUGAAAUUUGAGUGAUUCACCUUUCCUCCUCUAUGUU